CCAAAGUUGUUCGCCGCUGGCUCACCGCUCCCCAGUUUCAACAGAGUCGUGCCGAUGUGCGCAUCCGUGAUCCGAUAUUUCGUCCGCUGUUAGAUCUCGUCACGGAUCACACGAUACAUACCGCGCGCGCGCGCGAAUCGGCGUCGAAAUAUUGGAGAUUUUCGCACAGUGCUGAUUAGAAAGAAUUUCGUUUUGUGACAUUCGUCUGGUGCGAGUCGUGUUUGUCGGGGGAAUCUUGUAUUGGUUUAGUAUGCAUUGAUCUGUGGAAUACCUUCCAGUCAGAGGUUAUCGGAAUGCGUCUGUUCAAACGUCAGUCCUCUGACACCAGUCCACAGCUGGUUUCGGCAACGCCGUUAUCACAGGAUGGGGUUACGCCUUUGGUAGUCAUUGAUCAAAAUUCCGAAAGAACGAGGAGAAAAAUUCAAAGCGAGAACGACGAAUCGGAACGAACUUCCAUUAAAGAAAAUGCUGGCGAUCCUCAGAAAUCUUCUUCUUCUUCUUCUUCUUCCUCUUCAUCCCAGACGUGCAUUUCGAAUCGCAAAGGAAUUUCAACAUGGGGAAGGAAAGUGGGUCGAAGAUGGGAUCAGCUAAAGAGAUCGGAUAGCUCGGAGUUGCUCUCGGUUUCGGGCCGAAGAAGACGCUGGAGCCCGAAUCGGAGAAGUUGCGGCAACGUGAUGGAUGAGAAAGAAAAUGGUGCGAGCGGACCGUCCGAAUUGCUAAAACCAAAGAGAAUUUCCAGAGUGGAAUCCCUGCGAAACCUGUUCAGGAGUAGCGAGCGGAGUAACAACUUGAUAGGCGGUGAUGUAUCAACGAGGAACGUGACAAUUCAAGAGGAAGAUGUUGCUUGCAUCAGUCAUUACCCAAUGGAAAAAGCUUUGAGCGAGGGUGCGAUAAAGAACGCGGCAAAUGCCUUCCAGGCAAGCUCGAACGAUAGUCAACUGGACCGCGGUACGCUCCUUUACGAGAAGAAGAAGCAACUUGGUCGUAGCAUACAGGAUCUCCAGGAACAGCAACGCGUUUUGGAUUACAUUUUGAAGAAUCAAGGUAUAUUGAAAACACAGGAAGGCUCGACAUUGGCAAAGGAAACAUUGGACAAAGUUAGACGAAGCGCCAGUCCGAAGCGGGCAAGCAAGUCAACAUCGGACGGCAAUAAAAACAGCGUGUCGACGCAGACGAAGGAGUUCCUUAACGCUCAACUGAAUAACAUUAAGAAGAACUUGUUUAGUGCGCGAACAAGUACCAGCGAAUACGAUAGGACCGAUGCACCGAGACUUUACCCGGCAACGGGCCUCGAAGACUUGAUGAACAACUUGCGACUGGGUUGCGAUGAAAGUGGUUACGACUCCGACAGCACUCGCGCCGGAGCAGAUUCACCGGACAGCGGAAAGUCCGUGCCGCCAAUGUUAAAGCCUCGUAGUUUCUCCAUCACAUCCGACGAUUAUCAUGGGAUUGAUUUGUCGUUACCCAUCGCUACUCCCAACAAUCAGGACACGGCUACGGAAAGCAACGAAACCGAGCCAGGAGCUUCCUGCCUCGAUGAGACUAUCGUCUUUGAAAACAGUCUGCUGAACGAAUCGGUCAGAACAGACACGACCGUAUUGAUUUCCGAAGGAGAGGACACGGACAGCUGCGACGAGGACACUUUCGAAGGGUUCACAGAAUUUCAAAUGAAACGUGCUGCGGAAUAUUCGAAAUUUGACAGCUCACUGCUGAAAUGCGGCAUGGACCUAUCGAAAGCAUCCACGAUAGGAUCAUCGACGAGUGAGAAUGUUGACAAAUCGAAACCGUUCGCGUCUGGAAAGAAGAAACUCUCUGGAGCGCCGGAAAACGUGUCGUUCGCGAAGCCGGAACAGUCGGCCUCGCAGACGGCGAAGACGCAGAAUCUGCAGAAGGAAGCGAGGCCCCAGAUACCAUUCAAGUCCCGAAAGUACACGAACUGUAGCACACUGAAUCUACUGGAGAACGCCGCUUCCCCGUGCAAGGACAGCCCACCCGCAUCGAAGGUUCACGCAACAGUGAUCGGCAGCCCCCUACAGUAUUACAGUCCGAAGAGGUCUCGGUCGAACAUGGACCCGGAGGAUGUAGCGAACGUCGGGAAUAAGGCGAAGAAAGCUGCGCAGUUGACGAAAACGAAACAAGCUACGUCGUCCUCUGCCACGCCGGCCAAGACUCUGAUCCGGCGAGAACUGAAAACGAUGAAACUGUCCGUUGAGAAACCGGGAAGUCUCGGCAUAUCCGUGGAGAGGCGGGAAGCUGCGAGACCUUUCUACGUGAUCUCGAGGAUGGACACGAACGGGGAAGCAGCGAAAUCGAAGCAGUUCAGGAUCGGGGACGAGAUCGUGCGUGUUUGUGGACGUAGACUGCGCGGAAUGUCGAUAGUGGAAGCCAGAAACGCGCUACGAAGCUGCACAGGUAUCGUAGAACUGCAGAUCGCGAGGGAACCGACGUUUACGUUUGGGGAAGAAUUGGGCGACACGUGGGGCGACAUUUUGCUCCGCACUCGAAGCGACUCGGAAGUGUGGGCGUUCAAGGAGGACAAGAGGGAGGAAAUUGCCGCGUCCGUCGACGCGACGUCGCGACAGGAAGGCUCGUCCAAGUGCACGAUUCUCGAGGCGCUGUCCAAGGACGAGAUCGAUUUGUCGGCGAGCGCAAUCGAGAGGAUCGAAACCGACGGUGAACUGAAACGGGACUCGGACCAGAAAAUGACUGGUAUGAGGAAAUUCCAAGUGGUGCGGAAACGCGGAAUCAAUCCGGUUGCGUGUCCGAGAAGGGCGACUAGUCUUUCGAUGGACUUGCUGACCAUUACGUUGGAGAAAGGCGCUGCUAAGAAAUUGGGGUUCUCUAUCGUCGGAGGAUCGGACAGUAACAAAGGAUCCAUGGGUAUUUUUGUCAAGGACAUUCUGGCCGGCGGCCAAGCGGCCGAAGAAGGCACACUUAAAGUCGGAGACGAGAUUUUGGCAAUCAAUGGAAUAUCCAUGGAUGGACUGACGCACGCGAAAGCUUUGCAAACCUUCAAAGCUGCGAAGCCUGGGAAAAUGAUUCUCCACGUGGGCCGGCGAGACCCCACGCACAAACGGUUGUGUUACAGGCGAUAAUAUUAAUGGUUCUAAUACUGGAUACAUCAUUCAGUCGAAAUCUUACGAUUAUUUAGACAAGCUAACGGAGACCGGGGACGAAUAAAAACUGAGCCGAAUCGGACAAUCGAGUUUACCAGUCAUUAAGAGCUCCACUGCCUAUAUCGUGUUCUGAAAGGUUAGAAAAGUCGCGUCAGGUUCCGUCAAAGAUAUUACCUUUUCAUCUUCGCGAAGAAAAUGGUGUUAUUUGCAUACUUUCGCGUGUACGUCAGACUACGUUUGCUUUUCCGUCGAUUAAACGCGUUUCCCGUCUUAUAACAAGUAAAUAGUCUGACGCGCAACUCUCUAGAAAUUAUGUUAUACAUCUCAGCCUACGCUUAUAACAAUUGUACAUCUUAAGACGGUAAUUGUGAUAUCGUUCAACUAUAUUUUCAACAAAAGUGAAACCAACGACGCGAAUAUAUCUUCAGUUUCCACUUGACAUUGACGAGAUUUAAUCAUUUGUUGGGCAGCGUGAAAGGUUCUACUUAAACACUGACAUUUGUUACAUUUUCAUUUCACUGAUUGCAAUUCAUAUAUACAUAUAUAUAUAUAUAUAUUAUAUAUAUAUAUAUAUUAAACCAUGUAAAAGUGUCAUAGUGGAGUAUUUCUAUAAUAGUUUACACGUGAAAAGACUCAUUUGGUUCAAUGGUUUAAUUGAUCGUUACUGCAAUACCUCUGAAGAAAAUUGCACAUAGCCAUAUCCCGUUAGAUGUAUAACGCUAACAUGUUGGCUCAUGGCUCCCUAAUUCGUGUAGCGCGAAUUUAACGUAUGUUUUGUUUCAAAACAUAUUCUCUUUGUUUAAUAUGCGUUACACAACGGAACACGACACGAAGACAUUUAACUGGGUCGAGUACUCAACAUUUACUCACUAUUCAAUUAGAUGUAAGCACGAUAUUUAGUUGAUUUAUAAUUUUUCGUUUAAGCUACCGAGACUGACAUUUCGAAAUGUCUACCUGAGAAAUGCUGUGAUACUUAUUGUAGUCGCAUUAGCUGGUAUCGUACAAACUGUAUUUAAAAUAAAAUUGGUUUUGUUAAUAAAUGUAUUCAUACGGUUCA